AAGUUGAAUUUCAGAAUACUGUGAUCAAAGACGGCGAUAAUGGCGCGAAGCCGCGUCGUCGAUCUCAAGAUAUUUGUAGCGAUAGCUGUGAUUGUUGUGUGUGGCUUCCUUGGCAAAUCUGAUGGACUUCACCGAAUUUUUGAGUAUGCGGAACGAAGGACUCCAGAGGUCAGCGUUGGACUCACUGGUGCGCCGGUGAUGCUCAGCCACUUCAUCGAACUUGGCAAACCAGAAGAAGCGAAGAAAGCUGCGUUGGUUACAGGCAUGGAGAAGUUCUUCGCGAAAGCAUCUGGAAUGCCAGAAGCUCCGACUGCGAGAGUAUCUUACAGUGGGUUCAUUACAGUUAACAAGACUUGCGACGCAAACCUGUUUUUCUGGUUUAUUCCGGCAAAGAAUAGUCCAGAGUCAGCCCCUGUGACAGUUUGGCUUCAAGGAGGACCCGGUGCCUCGUCUCUCUUCGGUCUUUUCGUUGAACACGGGCCUUGGGUGGUUGAUGCUGACCUGAACAUAUCAGCAAGAGAUUAUGAUUGGUCCACCGCGAACUCAAUGCUGUAUAUUGACAAUCCCGUCGGAUCUGGUUUCAGCUACUCGUCUGAUGAUUCGUGUUACGCGAGGAGCGAAGAGGAUGUCGCCAGAGAUUUGUAUUCAUUCCUCACCCAAUUCUUCGUCGUUUUCAACGAAUUCGCGCAUCAAGAUUUCUACGUUACUGGGGAAUCGUAUGCCGGGAAGUAUGUCCCUGCUAUUACCUGGAAAAUUUUGCAGGCCAACCAGGAUCAAAACGUCCACCAGAAAAUCAAUCUGAAAGGGAUGGGAAUCGGAGACGGACUGUCGGACCCAAUCACGAUGACUGAUUACGGCUCUUACCUCUUUGAAGUCGGAAUGAUUGGUUACGAGGAGAAACGGCACUUCGAACAAGUGGAGAAAAACGUUCGGCAGAAUAUCGAGCAAGGGAACUACAAAAUUGCUGCCGAGUUGUUCGAUGAACUUCUGGACGGAGACUUCAACAAGGCUUCGUACUUCAAAAACGUGACGGGAUCCGACUAUUACUUCAACAUUCUUCAGUUCCGUGAGCCCAAGGAGUUCAGUUACUACGUCGACUUCAUUAACCGUCCUGAAGUUCGACAAGCAAUCCAUGUCGGUAACAAGGCAUUCCACAAUGGAUCUAAAGUGGAAAGUUUGCUUUUUGAGGACAUGAUGAAGUCAGUCAAGCCGUGGUUUGAGGACAUUCUCAACUCGGGAAUCAGGGUUUUGCUGUUCAACGGCCAACUGGACAUAAUUGUGGCCUAUCCACUGACGGAGAAUUUCGUGCGUUCCCUGCGCUGGAGACACGCUGCCGAUUUCAAGGACUCCCCGAGACAUCAGUGGAAAAUUGGCGCUGUAACUGCGGGCUACGCUCAGGAGUAUGAAAAUUUCGGCCUAGUGCUCGUUCGUAAUGCUGGACACAUGGUGCCCUACGACCAACCCGUUUUGGGAUACGACUUGAUCAAUCGUUUCACGACCGGAAAACCCUUCUCGGCGCGUCUACAAUACCUAGGUGAGAACUGAGCAUCAUCAGUGAGGACUCAAACUUUGUGCAAAUAUGGAAACAGGCAUUUUUGUGGAUUAAUUAAACCUCGGAGCUUCUUGCUUAGCGGAAUUAUUUUUUGGAGGAGGUAAACGAAACCAUUCGCGGCUGCGUUUUUUCUUGCGUAUUUCCCCGAUUCUCGUAUGUGUCAUAAUUGGUCGCAAUAAAGGAUUUUCUGAAAGUAAAAA